UGUGGGGUGCUGUGGGUGCUGCUCUGGGCUUGUAGGGUGCUGUGCCAGGCUCCGGGGUGCUUUGUGUGCUGUGCCAGGCUCACGGAGUGCUGUGGUUGCUGUGCCAGGCUCACAGGGUGCAGUGCCAGGCUCAUGGGGUGCUGUGCCUUAGUGUGAGGCUCAGGUGCUCAGCCCUGGGAGCACAGUAAGAUGCCUGGGGCUCUCGCUCCUGUGCUCUGUUGGGAGGUGAUGGCGGCCUGCUGGAAUUUGCAUAAUUAAUUGCCUCACCAUAACCUAUUAAGCAUUGCCCUCACAGCCUCAUGCCCUUGUGGCUGUGACUCAGCCCAGACUGGAAGCAUGAGGGAUAGAUGGAUGCAUGUUCCCAUGGUCCUUGCCUUUCCUUGCAUCUUUCUGAAUUUAUUUCAGUCCUUUUUGAAAGCUGAACAUGGCAUACAGGGCACAGCACAUCACCUGCUUUGGCCUUUGCUGCUGCAGCUGUGGGUGUUGUGUGUGUAGGACCUGCUCAGGCACCACUGUGAGCCAGUGCCUGGCUCCUCUGCUGACAACCUUUGAUCAGUGUGCCACAAGUGAUAACACAGCCACGAUCAAUAACACAGCUUGUCCCAGCUGCCAUGCAAAGUUUGUGUGUAAUGGGUCCUGGAGGGAGCAGUGGCCCUGGGGCAGGUGCAGCUCGGCCACUGGGAUGCACCCAGGAACACUGGUGCUGGCACAGGGCUGUGCCCAAAUUAGCACUGCCCUUAAUUGCUGCUCAGUUAAGCAGAACAGGAGCUUGUGGGGCACUAGCACCCUGCUUUGUCCUUUGCUGUGGCUGUUUCUGGGUGGAAGCUUGAGGCCAGUUUGGGUUUCAAUUCUGCAAAGCUUUUUGCUUUAAUUAUUAACUGGUGCCAGGCACUGCCAUGGCUUCUGGCUGGGGCUAAGCCAGGGCAGGGGGAGGCUGAGGGAAGCCCCCUGCCCUUGGGCCCUCAGCCCCUGCACAACUCCUGCAGCAGCCAUGAGUGCAGGUGGGGUGUGAGUCCUUCCAGCUGUGCCUUUGUGGGGAUGAGGGUUUCAGGGAAUGAACAGACUCCAGGGAACAAACCUCUGUGUCUAUGCAGGACUCUGCUCCUGGUGCUCAAGCUGUUCUUGUCCUGGGCUGGUCAAGGCAGCUGAGCACCAUCCAGCUAAAAAUAACACCGGUAAAUAAAACACUUCCUCCUGGCCUGGCACGGUGGAGCAGAGGCACGGGGAGCUGGGAUGUGCCUGGCUGCGGCUCCACAGUGGGACUGGCCCCGUGCCAGGGAGUUCUGGGCUGGUGCCACCAGGUCCAGGCCUGCCUAAGUGCUCUCAGCACCCCCCUGCCCAGCCCCUGGGGACACGGUGGCCCAUGACAUCCUCAAUGCCAGCAGCAGAAUGUCACUGCUGGCUGCUGGAGGGCUGGAUCCACAGGUGACAUGGUGGUGGCCCAUGGCAGCAGGAUGCCACAGCCACCCCAUUCUGAGCUCUGUGCUGGCUCAGUUUCUCCACCUGCAGCAUGGGACUCCUACACCUGGCACGUGUUCCAGGUGACGGCUGGAAGGGUGUGGGAUAUGGGAUUCCAGUCAGGGCCGCGUCAGCCGCACACGCCAGGGCAGCGAGGUGUCAGCAGGAGCCACCACCCACGCAGGGAAUCACGGUGGGGAACCCCCUUCACCCCCCAGCAGGGCCUGUGGAGCCCGGGAGGGGCCAAGCCACGUGCUGAGGGUGGCAGGAGAAGUGAUGCAUUUGGGGGGGGAGGGCACCAUGAGGGGGGUACAGCCCCACCCCUGCUUCCCCAGGAUGCCCGAACCUACAGAAAGCCAUCCCUGUCCCCAUCCCAAUCCCUGUCCCAUCCCUGCAGUGCCAGGGCUCCGUGCAUUGUUGCCUUCACCUUCCUCUUCCUCUUCCUCACCUCUGUCCUACUCUGCACCUACAGAUGCAAUCAGCUGAGGCUGUCUGGCCCCUCCCUGGGCUGGGCCUGGCUAUAAAAUCCAGGGGCCAGGCAGAGGGUGUCACAAGGCUUUGGGAGCUGUUGGCAGACAGCAGCAGCGAUGGCAACACUCUACCCCUCCCUGGAGGACAUGAAGGGCCACCAGGUCCUGCAGGCACAGGCAGCAGCUGGGGUGAGGACCCCCGCCACCACAGUGGUCACAGAGAAGCCAAAACUCACCUCGGGUGCUGAGCCACCUGUGCUGUACCCCAACCUAGCUGAGCUGGAGAAUUACAUGGGGCUGGCGCUCUCCAGCGAGGAGAUCCAGAAGAACCUGCGCACCGAGGACAGCACCGCACUGACCCCCGCUGGGCCCUCCCCAGGCCAGCUGGUCGCCCCCCUGAGCGGGAACAGCGCGGGGCUGCGGCGGGCAGAGAUCAAGCCGGGUGUGCGGGAGAUCCACCUGUGCAAGGACGAGCGGGGCAAGACAGGGCUGCAUCUGAAGAACGUUGACCAGGGCAUCUUUGUGCAGCUGGUGAAGGCCAACUCGCCAGCAGCGCUGGUGGGGCUGCGCUUCGGGGACCAGGUGCUGCAGAUCGACGGCAAGAACUGCGCAGGCUGGAGCAGUGACAAGGCACAGCGUGCACUGAAAAAGGCCAACCCUGAAAAAAUCGUCAUGGUGGUGCGGGACAGGCCUUUCCAGCGCACCGUGACCGUGCACAAGGACAGCACUGGCCACGUCGGCAUUGUGGUGAAGAAGGGGAAGAUUGUGUCACUGGCCAAGGACAGCUCGGCCGCCCGCAACGGGCUCCUCACCCACCACUGCAUCUGCGAGGUGAACGGCCAGAACGUCAUCGGCAUGAAGGAUAAGCAGCUCAUGGAGGUGCUGGCAGGGGCUGGGAACGUGGUGACACUGACCAUCAUCCCCACCGUGAUCUACGAGCACAUGGUCAAACGGCUCUCAUCAGGGCUGGUGAAAUCGUCCAUGGACCACUCCAUCCCUGACCUGUGACACCAUCACUAUUGUUCUGGCAGCUGAUGCUGGAAGCCCAGAGGACCUGCUAUGGGGAACCCACAGCACCUCCAAAGGAGCUAUUUUAGCACAAAACUCCUUAUCCCUUCAGAGUCUGGGUGGCUGCUGGGUGGUCCUUCCUCUCCUCAGCAGGGAUGGGGCAGAUGUCCUGUACAGGGUCCCAUUGUCCCCGUGUCCCUGCUUGGACCACCCCUCCCCAGGGUGGAUGCCAAGGGCUGGCUCCAGCCAAAGCAGACACAGACCCAGCGACAUUUAUUACAUCCACCACAGACAGCAAGUACAGGACAGGGGAAACAAGAAGAGGGGGGUUACAGCUUUUUCAGUUCUGUAUUUAAAAAAUAUAUUAUAUAGAUUUGUCUUUCAAAUAUAGUCGUUACAUUUAUUUCUUGGCAAAGCUUUGGAUA